AUGUGGCCGUGGUUGCUCCCCAUCGUCGUUGCUGCCGUCGCUGCGAACCUUGAAUCUGAUGUGCAACGACCUCUGGGGCCUGGCAGGGAUUCUGUGCCUGGCUCUGGCUCCGAAUCACGACCGAACAUCAUCUUCAUCCUGACGGAUGAUCAAGACCUUCACAUGAACUCCCUGGCCUACAUGCCGUAUGUGAAGAAGCAUUUGAUCGACGAGGGCACAUUCUAUCAGAGGCAUUAUUGCACCAUAGCCCUGUGUUGCCCUUCGAGGGUGAGCUUGUGGACAGGAAGGGCCUCUCACAACACGAAUGUCACGGACGUGAAUCCUCCGUAUGGCGGCUACCCCAAGUUUGUCAGCCAGGGAUUCAACGAGGCGUGGCUCCCAAUAUGGCUCCAGGACAUCGGUUACAACACCUACUACACCGGCAAGUUGUUCAAUGCUCAUAGCUUGAGUACCUACGACUCCCCGUUCGUCAAGGGCUUUACUGGCUCUGAUUUCCUUCUCGAUCCACACACCUAUGAGUAUCUGAAUGCCAGCUUCCAGCGGAACCGAGAACCUCCGGUCAGCCAUGAAGGCGAGUACUCCACCGAUGUCCUAGCUGACAAGGCCUUUGGCUUCCUCGAAGACGCAGUUGCCGAGCAAAAGCCCUUCUUUCUGACCAUUGCACCGAACGCCCCCCACAGCAACGUCAAGUUCCAGGAAGACUGGUUCAAUGGCUCGGGCUCCGCACACACUAUCUUCACGACUCCGCCCAUCCCGGCUCAAAGGCACAAGGACCUCUUCCAAGACGCUGUGGUCCCGCGUACGCCAGGCUUCAACCCCGACGAGCCUCAUGGGGUGUCUUGGAUCAGCGACCUGCCCCAACAGAACCAGACGAACCUCGACUUCAACGACGGGUUCUAUCGAGACCGGCUACGCGCUCUUCAGGCCGUCGACGAGAUUGUCGACGCCGUGGUUGAUCGAUUGACCAAACACGAUAUCCUGGAUAACACGUACAUUUUCUAUUCCACCGACAACGGAUAUCACAUCGGCCAGCACCGGCUUCAGCCAGGCAAAGAAUGUGGGUUCGAAGAGGACAUCAAUGUCCCGCUGAUUGUGCGCGGGCCGGGCGUGGCAAAGGGCAGAGUCAGUGAAAUCGUGACCUCCCACACUGAUUUGGCACCGACAUUCCUGACCCUUGCGGGUGGAGAGAUACGACCUGAUUUUGACGGCGUGACCAUUCCCGUGACGUCGGAGCAAUUUGACGCGGCUGCCGGCGUCCGUGGCGAGCACGUCAACAUCGAAUACUGGGGCUUCGCACUCGCCGAGGGCCAGUACGGCAAAGCCAUGUACUGGAACAACACGUACAAGGGCCUGCGGCUGAUCGGCAAGACCUACAACCUGUACUACAGCGUCUGGUGCAGCGGGGAGCAUGAACUCUACGACCUGACUCGUGACCCCUACGAGACGCACAACCUCUACACCACCAAUCAUUCUUCCGCCUUCACUUUCCCGUCUUCAACACCUGGAGAACGAGCCCGACACAUCACGCUGCAGCAGCUGCUGUCACGGCUCGAUUCACUCGUCAUGGUGCUCAAGACGUGCAAGGCCCGAAGCUGUACCCAUCCCUGGGAAGUCCUGCAUCCCGCUGGCGAUGUGCAUGACCUGCAUGAUGCUCUCGGCGUGCGAUACGACGACUUCUACCAAUUCCGACAGGAGAGGGUGCGCUACGAGAAGUGCGAGAAGGGGUAUAUUCUCGAGAGUGAGGGCCCUCGUCACGUCAAGGCGUAUUCGCAUUCGACCGAUGAAAUCGGCAUCAGGGGAGGAGCACAGUGGAGUGAACUGGUGUAG